CGCGAUUUCCAGGAGCUAUAAAAGUUGCAUGUCGAGCGAAUCAACUCAUAGUCCAAUUUGCCAGCUCAAAUCAAACUAAACUAAACCAUCAUGUUCAAGCUGUCUGCCCUCGUCGUCCUCUGCGCCCUGGUGGCCUCCUCCGUGGCUGAGCCCAAGCCCGCCAUCCUGGCCGCUGCUCCCGCCGGAGUGGUCACCGCCACCAGUUCCCAGUACGUGGCCCGCAACUUCAACGGUGUGGCUGCCGCUCCAGUUGUUGCCGCUGCUUAUACCGCUCCCGUUGCCGCCGCCGCCUAUACCGCUCCCGUUGCCGCCGCUGCCUAUACCGCCCCCAUUGCCGCUGCCUACUCCGCCUAUCCCUACGCCGCCUACCCAUACAGCGCUGCGUACACUACUGUUUUGUAAAAAGGAUUAACAAAUACGGACUUGAAAUGGAAUAAAAAUAGACCCGACUGGCGAUAAAGCAAAUCAAACUAAA